AUGAUUCUUAUCGGUCUCACAGGCGGAAUUGCCUGCGGCAAGUCAGCUGUGUCGAGGAUACUCCGAGAGGAAUAUCACAUCGAAGUCAUUGAUGCCGACCUCAUUGUGCGUGAGCUGCAGGCCCCCAAUGCUGCGUGCACUCGACUCAUUGCAGCGCGGUGGCCUCUCUGUGUGCAUCCUGAGACUGGGGAGUUGAAUCGCGCAGAAUUAGGUAAAAUCAUAUUCAGCGAUGCACAGGCUCGACGGGCGCUAGGAAAGAUAAUGAACCCCAUCAUUUUCAGGGUCAUCCUGAGGCGCAUUGCCGCCGCGUGGUGGGGUGACCUUUGGCGCAGUGGUGCGACCUCGUCGCCAGCCAUCGUGGUGUUGGACGCGCCUACGUUGUUUGAAACCAAAACGUUCAUGUACUUUAUCAGCGCCUCUGUCGUGGUGAGUUGCUCAGAGGAGCGUCAGAUCGAGCGACUGCGUAGCCGAAAUGGAUUCUCGAAAGAGGAGGCGCUGCAACGCAUUGGCAGUCAGAUGGCCCUCGAGACAAAGCGUCGGCUUGCUGACUACAUUAUUGAGAACGACUCUGCAGAUGACUUUGACCAGCUUCGCGGAUCUCUACGCGAGUGCGUUGCGUGGAUGUCACGGCAGUCCAACAAGCGACUCACAUGCAUUUUUGUCACCGUGGCUGCUGCUGCGGCCGGUGUGGCGGCCGUCGUGGGCUAUGUUGGCUACCGACUACUGCUGCCGUGA